AUGACACCUAAAACUUUCCUAUUCCUUCAAGUACUCUUCAUUAUCAAGGCUAUAGCUGCUUAUCCGUGUAGCCCAUGUGCUGGUCCUCUGGCAGCUGGAACAAUAGCACUUGAAGAAAUCGCAGCUACCUCUGGCGGGGCGUUCAUCGUUGCAACCGGUUCUCCGGUUCCCCCUACUGGUAUUUCGGUGCUGUCGGAGAAUACUUUUGAAGGAACACUCUCAGUGGAAGGUCGACUUCCAUUCCUGGGUACUGUGAGCUUGGAAGGAGCUCUUCCAACUGUCGGAGCUGGUGCUGUAUCGUAUGGAUGCGGCAACGGUAACGUGGGGAUAGUGUCAGCAGAGAUCGCUUCAACUGGGCUUACUACUGGACGCACUUUUGGCGCUCGAGGUUUAGGCUGUGGUGCAUUACUG